AUGGUGGUCGAUUCUCUCUCUUUAUCAUCACCCUCAGAUUCAUUCAUCGAUUUGAUUGCAAAUCUAGCAAGAGAAAGAGAAAGAGAUGACAGGCAGUCUAUGAUUAGUAGCGAUAGUUCGGUGGUGGUGAAUGAAUUUGAACAAAAGUACCAAGAUGAUUACAUCAAUAAACAAAGGGACCAAACAUUAUCAUGGUUAUAUUAUCUCUCUUUGGACCCAACAACUAGUUUAAUGAUUAGAGAUGAAUCAAUCUAUUUACUUGACCAAGAAUUGAUUCACCAAAUAGAAAGAAAACUAGCUAAUAGGAGCCAAGUCAUUGCUAAUACCAUAUCACUGGUUGAUCUAUUCAAUCUUGCUCUUGGGAUAACCAAUAAUACCAAAGUAACUGAUGCUCUCAUCUCUAUCAUUCAUUCAAUCAUUUCAUUGGGUACCCGAUUUGGUAAUUUAUAUCCAGAGAUGAAGAAAGCAACUACUGAAAGUGAUUUAGAUUCAUUUCAAAGAGAUACUGCAUUAAGGAUAUUUGAAAGAUGUUGGCAACCUUUUUUGGACAUGUAUGAUAGGAAAUUUCUACAUCUAUUGUCUGGUUAUCUGACAGAGACAAGUUUGUCUGAAUUCAAACAACGAAUUGUUAAUCUGAUCGACCAAAUUGUCAAAUGCCAAAAUGAACAAUACUCGUCAUCACCAUUUAACUCCUUUUUCCAGAUUAUCUCAGAGAUAUGGGAUCAUAAUUAUAAUCGUCUACAUCCCGAUCCAAAAGUGUUGGUAAAUCGAAUGGUAUCGGAUCUUGGAUCAGUUGGUCCAAUAUUUGAUAAAGAAAAAGAGGUUCCCAAUUCACUCGAUGUCAUAAAGUUGAUGCAUCCAACCACACACCCAUAUCUAUCCGAGAGAGUAUUCCCAAUCUUGUUGAAUCUAUUCUCAACGAUUGGGUUUACAUCCAUGGCCCGAUUGUACAACUAUUUUAGUAGUAUUGGUAAAUGUGUUGGUUGGAGAUACUUUAAAAAGUAUUUCAUUCAAUUUAUACAUUAUUUUAAGAGAUUAAGUGUCCCAUCGGUCCAAAGAGUAGAAUUGGUUCCAUUGAUACUCGAGACCAUCAUGGAUAUGGGUGUUUCGAAUACAUCUAUUUUCAUACCAAUCAUCUUAAAGACAACCUGUCGAGACAAUGAUUUCAGUGUGAUUGACAAGAUACCAUCAACCUUGUUCAAGCACAUCGUUCCCUACUUGGACGGUCUACUCGAUGGAUUGUUGAAGAGGUUCACGAUAACCGACCGACCAACACCUACAACACUGGCCAGCAUAUUAGAGGUAGUUGUUGCUAAACAAGGAGCUACACUACGCAACCAAGAUAUAUUCCAUCGAUGCACAGUACAAGAGUUGAAGUUUUGCGAACGAGUUGGUUUGCAAGGUCGUGGCAAGUUUAAAAUGAUCAAAGAUAUGAUCAAAGCUAUCAAGGUGGUACCACUACCAAUCGCACGGGAAUUGAUUGCCAUCUGUGACCGAAUCGAUCAAAAGAUGUAUACAAAGUGGAUUGACAUGUAUGAAUUGCCACUCGACUCUUUUAACGAAAACUUUGGAGACCCAAGUUACUUUAAUGAAUAUGGAAUUGAACCGGUCAGAGAUACAAUGACUGAAAAUCAACAAAUCACUUUGGAUAUAAUUGCAUCGGUCGAUUGUCAAAAAGAGCUGUCUGUGCAAUUACAAGUACUACUGUCAAAUGCACAUUCCAAGUUGGAAUAUAUUUUAAGAGCCGAUAUCACCACUGCCAGUGUCGUCAAAGUCACUCACUCACUCCCAUUGGCAGUUGCUCAAUGGUACAUUUUAUGUGAUUACCACGGAGCCGCAAAAGGGGAAGGAGUAAGAGGAGAAACAGAAGCAACCAAAAUGUAUUAUAAACAACUUAUACCUGCCUAUGCCAAAUACUUUUUUGGGUUACUCUUAAAACCUCCAAAAGUAGAUUCACCAGAGCUUGCCUAUCCAUUUUGGAAAAUUGUAAUAUUAAUAUACAACGAAUCGAUUGAAAAGAAUAACAACCAACAACAACAACAACAACAUCUCAAAGAAUUGUAUCAAUUAAUCGACCACCAUAUCAUGCGAUCAAAUAGAUUAUUCAAUAUCACAGAAUCAAUGACAAAUAGAUUUACCAAACUAAUGACAUCUUCUUUGGACACUAUCAUAUCCAUUCAAAGUAAUCAACCUAUCAAUAUGAAUAGUGAUAAUAGAUUCCAAAAUAUCCAAAUUAAUCCAAACUUUAAAGAAGAUAUUAAAAUUCAAUUUCCAUUAUUAUUAAAUGAUACAUAA